CAUGCGCCGCGUGGUCUUCUCUUCAGCAUAAGCUUUCAAUCAUCGAAGUGUCCUUUACAUAUUAAUGCAUGUUGACAAUAAUUGAUUCUCUUGUUGCCUAUAUAAGUUAUCAGCUACUUCGCCGAUCUUACUCACUGAAGCAGAGCUUGAUUCUUCAUUGCUAUUCUUAUUCUAACCCGCGACAUAAACAUAUAUAGCAGUUGGCCACGUACAUGUUUUGAAUGGUUGCGAAAGCACUAUAUAAUAUCUAGGAGUCUGAUCGAUUGAUAACUUCUCAAAGAUCCUCACCAGAAUUAACAUGGACUCCAAUUCGGACCCACCCUUUCAGGAGGCAUACAAGCUUCUCUUCGACAAGACACGAAACAUUAAUAAUGAAGAAGAGAAUAAGGAUAAUUUUGAUUAUAAAGAGGUGGUGGCUGAGGAAUGCGAGCUUCCGGUGAUCGAUCUGAGCCGUUUAGAAGCGAGUGACGAGGUGGCGAGGGAAGAGUGCAAGUCGCAGAUAGCUAGGGCUUCGCAGGAGUGGGGUUUCUUCCAGGUUGUAAGACAUGGUAUUUCCACUGAGAUUUUCAGCAGGUUGAGGUAUGAGCAAGAGAAAGUCUUCAAGCAACCCUUUGAAAAGAAGAUCAAAGAGCACAAGUUCUUGAACUUCUCAGCCGGUAGCUACCGUUGGGGAACACCCUCUGCCACAUGCAUUAGACAGUUAUCUUGGUCUGAAGCCUUUCAUAUUCCUUUAACUGAUAUCCUAGGAUCCACUCGAUCAAACUCUCUUAGUUGGACAAUUGAACAGUUUGCUACAACAGUAUCCAGGCUUGCACAAACAUUAGCCGACAUCCUGGCCGAGAAAAUGGGUCACAAGUCAACUUUCUUUAAGGAGAAUUGCUUGCCCAACACAUGCUAUCUUCGAUUGAACCGAUAUCCUCCAUGCCCUAUUGCUUUUGGGAUUCACGGUCUCAUGCCACAUACUGAUAGUGACUUUCUCACCAUAUUGUACCAAGAUCAGGUCGGAGGUUUGCAAUUGGUCAAAGACAGCAAAUGGAUCGCAGUUAAACCAAACCCUGAUGCACUAAUAAUCAACAUUGGUGACUUAUUCCAGGCAUGGAGCAACGGGGUGUACAAGAGUGUUGAGCAUCGUGUUAUGACGAAUCCGAAGCUAGAAAGGUUCUCUAUGGCGUAUUUCUUUUGCCCUUCAAACGACACUGUGAUAGAGAGUUGCAGAGAGCCGUCUGUUUACAGGAAAUUCAGCUUUAGGGAGUAUAGACAACAAGUUCGGGAUGAUGUUCAGAAGUUGGGGUCGAAAAUAGGGCUACCAAGGUUUCUCACACUUGAUAGGGCAUAAUCAUUUAUGACGGUGCUAGUGUUGAAAGAUGAAGUAGGUUGCUUACGUGUACGUGUGAAGAGAGAUGGAUCUAGAAGUAGAAAGAAUGAGAGGGUAGUGUGGCUGUGUCAGUGUUACCUUUGGUUUUGGGUUAAUUAGUAAUAAAUAAAUAAAAAUUGGGAGAGAUAUGGUCGAUAUGGCAGCUGGUUUCAGCCUGCAUGUUUGAUGCUGUCUCAUUUUGUCUGCUGUUAAGCUACAAUUUGUAAUAUAUAUACCACAUGUCUCUACAAAGGAAGCCAUUCCCCUUCA